GUUAUGUACCCAACACAAGCAUUGUUAUGCAAAAUGUGGAUGAGCACAUAAAGAAAGAAAUAGUUCUGGGUCAUAGUGAGAAACUAGCCAUUACCUUCGGGAUUAUCAGCAAGCCUGCAGGUACCCAGAUCAUGAUCAUAAAAAAUCUAAGAGUAUGUUCAGACUGUCAUGAAUUUACCAGACUGAUUUCAAAGAUUGAAAAGAGGGAAAUUAUAGCGAGGGACUCAAGCCGAUUCCACCAUUUCAAAGAUGGAGUUUGCUCUUGUGGAGAUCACUGGUGAGCUUGAAAAACUAGAAUUACAUAAACAUGAAUUCGUAAUUAGAAUUUUUGCAACUUGUUAACAGGCAACAGUCUCUUUCUCUAAAUACAUCAUUUUCGAUUUC